GUGUCUCCCUGCAAAGGUAGCCAGCAUCCAACACCCAUGAAGAAGCUCAGUUAACGCAUGCCUUCUGGGUGACCCUCUACCGCCCAAGUUUGCGAUGGACGCAGCCGCGCUCCUCAAAUCCCAGGGGUGGCGGGGCAAAGGCUUCUCGCUCCAUCCUACCGACAACAAUAUCGGACUCGCCAAGCCCCUCCUCCUGUCUCGCAACACCGACGGCCGUGGCAUCGGCCAGAAGACGCACUACACCAGCGACCAAUGGUGGCUGCACGCCUUCGACCAGAAGCUCAAGGGCCUUGACACGUCCAAGAAGGGCACCGUGGUGCAGACGGUCACGCAAGGCAAGCUGGAUGUCAUUGCGAGUACCCAGCCGAACGGGAAAUACACGGGCGCGAGCGGGCUUUACGCAUCAUUCGUACGAGGCGGUAUGCUGGAGGGCACCAUUGAGGCCGGCACUGCGACGGGAGAAUCUACCGACGCGACGCCCGUGAGCUCGGAGGACAGCGACGGGUCUGUCUCGAAGACGGAGAAGCAGAGCGAUACCAGAGGCGAGAGAGAGGCGAGGAGAGCCGCGAGGCGUUUGCGCAAGGCAGAAAAGGCUGCGAGAAAAGCUGCCGAGGCGGAAGCGGCGCGGAGGGCUGCCGAGAAGGCUGCGAAAAAGGAGUUGAAGAAGGCGACAAGGGCCAACGAGACGAAGGAGCAAAGGCGCGCCAGGAGAGCGGAGAGGAGGGCACGGAAAGAGGCCAAAAGGAGGGAACGAGAAGGGGCGGCACCGCAUAAGUCCGACCAGGGAUGAAGAACUUGGCAUUUGUGCUCUCUGGUACAUUGCCCCCCUCGCUGCGAAAGCGG